CUUUAGUUAGAUUGUCUGCUCUUGUACAUUUUCACUAUUUCGAUUUUCACGUCAGUGGUUCACGUUUUGCUUUGUUUUCUUAAUUUUUUUUACGGUGCCAGUUCACUCACCAUAGAUUAAAAAUCACCGUCGUUGCCGCAGACGUGAAUUGGUAAGUGGUAGUGUGAUAACAAUCUCCUACCCGCAAUUUUUGGCGGGUGCAAGAAAUUGAUGCGACCAUGGUCGUAGUAGAUGCGGAUGCGGAGUCCACCUGAAUUUGCAGGCAAAUAGACACGUAAGCUGAUUAUCAUACGCGUAAUCACAAUUAUCCUGACACCACGAAAGGACACCCUGCUGUCUAUUUCCUCUUCACCGGAGACCUUCACGUUUCACAGUCCGAGCUUGAGAAAAUAAAACAAAGCCUACUCUUAGUCGUCUCUGGUUUAGGGUUUAAAGAUAAAUCCGUAAUAGAUGGCUGUAAUCGGCAAGACGAGGCUCGAUUCAGGAUGGCUUGCUGCAAGAUCCACAGAAGUUAAUCUCACAGGAGUUCAGCUCACCACAACUCACCCACCGACAGGGCCUUCGUCGCCUUGGAUGCAGGCUGCUGUUCCUGGAACUGUUCUAGGAACCCUGUUAAAGAACAACCUUGUGCCGGAUCCAUUUUAUGGGUUGGAGAAUGAAGCUAUCAUAGAUAUUGCUGAUUCUGGGAGGGAGUAUUACACAUUCUGGUUUUUUACAACAUUUCAGUGUAAACUGUCAGGGAGUGAACAUGUGGAUCUCAAUUUCCGUGCAAUUAAUUACUCUGCAGAAGUGUAUUUGAAUGGUCACAAAAAUGUCCUGCCUAAGGGGAUGUUUAGAAGACACUCCCUUGAUGUUACUGAUAUUCUGCAUCCCAAUGGUCAAAAUAUGCUAGCGGUCCUUGUUCAUCCUCCUGACCACCCUGGAAAAAUUCCUCCAGAGGGGGGGCAAGGUGGUGAUCAUGAGAUUGGAAAGGAUGUUGCUGCACAAUAUGUUGAGGGCUGGGACUGGAUGGCUCCUAUUAGGGAUAGGAAUACUGGCAUCUGGGAUGAAGUAUCAUUGUCUGUUACAGGGCCAGUUAAAAUAUCUGAUCCUCACCUGGUAUCGUCAUUCUUUGACAAUUAUAAGAGGGCAUAUCUGCAUACAACUACUGAGUUGGAAAAUAGAAGUGCAUGGGUUGCUGAAUGUUUAUUGAAUAUCCAAGUGACAACGGAACUGGAAGGAAGAAUUUGCUUAGUUGAGCAUCUACAUACUCAAAACUUGUCAAUUCCUCCUGGGGCACAUGUUCAAUAUACAUUUCCUCCGCUUUUCUUCUACAAGCCCAAUCUGUGGUGGCCAAAUGGCAUGGGGAAACAGUCCCUGUACAACGUGGAGAUCACAGUUGAAGUAAAGGGAUUUGGAGAGUCUGAUUCAUGGAGUCAUUUAUUUGGAUUCCGCAAAAUUGAGAGCUAUAUAGAUAAUGCCACUGGUGGAAGGCUUUUCAAGGUUAAUGGGCAUCCUGUUUUCAUCCGUGGUGGUAAUUGGAUAUUAUCAGAUGGAUUACUACGACUAUCUAAGAAACGAUACAAAACAGACAUCAAGUUUCACGCAGAUAUGAACUUCAACAUGCUCCGUUGUUGGGGUGGUGGAAUAGCUGAGAGGCCAGAAUUCUAUCAUUACUGUGAUAUUUAUGGGUUGCUGGUGUGGCAAGAAUUCUGGAUCACAGGAGAUUGUGAUGGACGAGGUAUCCCUGUAUCAAACCCAAAUGGUCCACUGGACCAUGACCUUUUCAUGUUAUGUUCCAGGGACACCAUCAAGCUCCUGAGGAAUCAUCCCAGUCUUGCUCUUUGGGUUGGUGGGAAUGAACAAACUCCCCCAGAUGAUAUUAACACAGCAUUGAAAAAUGACCUGAAGCUUCAUCCAUAUUUUCAAAGCUUAAGUGAAACAAGAAAUGCCUUAGAAGAUUUACCUAUGACAUCUGAAGAUCCUAGUCAAUAUCUUGAUGGUACUCGUAUUUACAUUCAAGGAUCUAUGUGGGACGGCUUUGCAGAUGGAAAGGGAGAUUUCACUGAUGGGCCUUAUGAAAUUCAGAAUCCUGAAGAUUUCUUCAAGGACAGUUUCUACAAUUAUGGGUUCAACCCGGAGGUUGGUUCCGUGGGCAUGCCCGUUGCAGCUACCAUAAGAGCAACAAUGCCUCCAGAAGGGUGGCAAAUUCCAUUGCUGAAAAAGCUAUCUAAUGGUUAUACAGAAGAAAUCUCAAACCCUAUAUGGGAAUAUCAUAAAUAUAUUCCCUAUUCAAAGCCAUCACUGGUUCAUGAUCAGAUUGAAUUGUAUGGCUCCCCAAAGGAUCUUGAUGAUUUCUGUGAAAAGGCACAACUUGUUAACUACAUCCAAUAUAGAGCUUUACUGGAGGGCUGGACUUCUCGUAUGUGGACCAAAUACACAGGUGUUCUAAUUUGGAAAACUCAGAAUCCUUGGACAGGUCUGCGAGGUCAAUUUUAUGAUCAUCUCCAUGACCAAACAGCAGGUUUCUAUGGCUGUCGGUGUGCUGCAGAACCGAUUCAUGUCCAGCUCAAUCUAGCAACAUAUUUUAUAGAGGUUGUGAACACCACCUCGGAUGAAUUAUCCGAUGUAGCAGUAGAAGCUUCAGUGUGGGAUCUAGAAGGAACAUGUCCAUACUACAAGGUUACUGAGAAACUUUCAGUUCCGCCUAAGAGAACUUUACCCAUAAUUGAGAUGAAGUAUCCAAAAUCCAAAAAUCCUAAGCCAGUCUAUUUUCUUCUUCUCAAGCUAUUUAACGCAUCAGACUAUGGCAUUCUUUCUAGGAACUUUUAUUGGUUGCAUCUGCCUGGUGGAGACUAUAAAUUGUUGGAGCCAUAUAGGAAAAAGAAAAUACCCCUCAAGAUAACAUCAAAAGUCCUCAUCAAGGGGUCUACUUACGAGAUUCAAAUGAACGUGGAGAACACGUCUAAGAAGCCAACCAACAAAAGUCUAAUAUACAAGAGUAAUGUGGCAGAUGAACAAAUUGGUAAUGAUUAUGAAAUGCAUAUGAUGGAACCAUUACAAGGAUGGUCAGAGGAGAGACGUGAAGUUGGAUUUUUGCAGAGGAUCUAUAGACAUUUCUCAAGGGCAGAUGAUGGUUUGAGAGUUGUGGAAAUGAAUGGGAAUGACUCGGGUGUUGCUUUCUUCCUCCAUUUCUCUGUCCAUGCUGCACGGAAGGAAGGAAAAGAAGGGGAAGACACGAGAAUUCUCCCAGUCCAUUAUUCUGAUAACUAUUUCUCAUUGGUGCCAGGUGAGACUAUGCCCAUCACUAUUUCUUUCGAGGUACCACCAGGGGUGACUCCCCGUGUCACCCUUCGAGGCUGGAAUUACCAUAAUGAGCACUCUGUCUGUUGAUUCCUUUUGGGUCAUGGCCAAUUGCAGUUGCAAAUUUCACUAGAAAGAUAUCGUUUUCUUUACAAGCUAGACUAUUGCUUGGGAUGGUUCAAAUGUUACUAGUCAGAAGAAAAUUCUUCUCCUGGAGACUUCUUUUUUGUUUUAAGGAUGCCAUUCUGUAAUGAACAAUCAUUAACUAUUGGGAAAUAAAGAUAUUGCUGUCAAUUUGUGAGAACCUUACUUUCUCUGUAUUAUUUUCUGUUAAUUAAUAAAGAUAAUGGUCUGUUCAUCUA